AUGCGAUCGGCCAGAGUCCGCUCGCGCUACAUCCCCCGUGAAGGGACACCUGGGGGGACGCGCGUCUCGGAUUCUUCAUCCACGUGGGAGGUGCUCGGCGCGCCCCUCGCCGCGGCGUCGCUCGUCGCGGUCGCCACGCUCGCGUCGCUCGUGAUCGCCUCCUCGAGCGCGACGCCCGGCGUCGACCUCUCGCCGAGGCAUCCCCUCCUGGGCGGCGCGCCCUACCGCGACGUGCGCAUUCCGACCCGCGGCAUCUCGAUGCACCGCGCUUCGAGACCGUCCGAUUUCUGCGCGCUCCGCGACGUCCAUCCGCGAGGGAGCUGGCGCGGCCGCGAUUCCGGUUCCGUCCCGAGGUCCACUCUAUCAGUCGAAUGGCCCACCGAGGAGGGCGUCGCGCGCACCAGGGCGGCGUGCGAGACCCCGCUCAUCCGCCGGCUUCAGGAUUCGGGCGAGUUCGUCGACGCGUUCUGCUUCGUCGUUCACCCCGGCUCGACGAAACUCGGCCGCGUGGACUUCGACGUCGAACCGCUGUGCGACAGCAGCUACAACCUCAACAAGGACGUGGUGCCGGGCGUGCCCGCUUUCCUCGCCAUCGCGGCGACGCGCCUCACCUGCCAGGUCACGGCUCUCGUCGGCAUGUACGACCUGGACGGGCUGCGAGAAAACUCGGGGUAUACGCCGCUGCCAAAGGAGACGCAGCGCGCGCUCGCGGCGGACGGAACCCCGCUGCUGGUGCACCAGACCGCGUCGUUCGACGAGCAAUCUGCCACGUGGAUGCCGGACUUUUACUUUUUGCGGUCCAGGGGCUUCCGGGAAGGCGGGUUCGGGGAUGCGACGCUGGAAGAGAUUGGCGUCGCGGGCGGCGGGGAGGUUUGGGGGAGGGAGGAGGCGCUCGAGCGGAUUCGCGCGCGAUGGCGGCGCAAGAGGCGAUCCGCCUUCUGGCGGGGAUCACCCACGGGAAGGGGACGAUGCGAGGACUUUGAGCGCCUUCGACUCGCGUCGCUUUCGAGGAGCGUCGACGGCCUGGACGCCGGGUUGAUUCGAGACGGGAACAAUUACUUUUGCGACGAUGACUCGCUGACGCGGAUGCUCGGAGAGCGGUGGUGGGCGGAUGAGCACCACGUGUCCGAGCGCGAUUGGCUCGAACACCGCGCGAUCGUCGACGUGGACGGCGUCGCAAACGCCUGGGGUCGCUACUGGCGACUCGCCUCGGACAGCGUCGUCGUGUCGCUCGAGAGUCCCAUCCGCGGAUUCUACAGCGACAGGAUGGUGCCGUGGAAGCACUACGUCCCGGCCACGCUGGACACGAUCGAGGAGGCGGUGCGAUGGGUGCUCGACGACGCGAACGAGGACGCGCAGAUUGAGAUGAUCGCCGCCGCGAACGAGCUGGCGCGGUCCAUCACGUUCGAGUCGGAGGCUCUCAAAACCGGGGAAAGGCUCAAUCGCCUGUUUUGCAUGCGCGAUGACGCGAGGCGAUGA